CGCACCCUCGCGAGAACAUACGUGCUCUGAAACAGCUGACUUGUAGGUGGGCGGUCUAUACAACUGUUGGGGACGAAAAAAAAUAAAUACUUCGCUUACUACCGACUAUCAUCGAGUAAUAUUCGGCUACUGAAUAUACAUUGUACAUCAACAUGGCAGAAACAGAUCCCAAGUCGGUGCAGGACCUUACAAAUGUGGUCCAGACACUGCUGCAACAGAUGCAAGACAAGUUCCAAACCAUGUCAGACCAGAUCAUCGGGAGGAUUGAUGAGAUGAGCACGCGCAUCGACGACUUGGAAAAGAACAUCGCGGACCUGAUGACCCAGGCUGGCGUGGAGGAAAUCGAGGCAACCCCGGAAAAGCCUAAAGAGAGUCAGGGCUCAUCAUGAAGGAUAAUCAGCAACUCAGUGGAGUUGGAUAUUCAGGAAGAGCAAAACAGUCCCUGAAAACAUUCAUUUUGUCUUUGUGUGAUUUGCCUUUUAUAUAUUGAAUAUUGUGAUAAAUGGUUACACUAGUCUAAGAAGCAGAACGGUUGUAGUUUGACGUGAAAUGCCUCCCUAAGAUCCUUGAAUGCUCUCCUGCAAGAUAGUUUUGUGUUCCCACCCUGGGGUUGAAACCGUCUCUUGUGUUUUAAGGAUUGUUGUGAAAUGAUGUGGACACUGAACCUGAACAAAAGGUGCGCACACACCUGGCAGGGUUUCUCUCCCAACUAACACGGGAAGUGGGCAUGUGUAGUAAUUUCAGAACAAUUGUCGCAUUCCAGUUUAACGGGUUUUGCUCGGUAAAGGCUAUUUAAUACUAUGUAACAUAUUAAACAAUACAAACAUUA